AUGCUCUGCGUUGCGGCGCGGCUAUACUCGAAAUCUUGGGUUAUUCGCAGAUUCGGCUCGGACGAUUGGGUCAUUACCAUCACCUACAUCUUGUACAUUGGCUGGUUUGCAACUGGCCACCAUAACAUCUGGUGGGCCGAUGCGGAUACGCUCACUUGGGCGCUGAAGAUAUUCUACAUUGACGCUCCGAUAUACCUCUUGCUCCUUGGACUAACCAAGAUCUCGAUUCUGUGUUUCUACCUCAGGCUCUUCCCCUACGAGCGCUUCUGCCGGUUGUGCUACGCCAUGUUAGCCAUCGUCAUCACGAGCACGACGCUGUGGGUGAUACUCGCGAUCGUCCAGUGCAGACCCAUAUCAUACAACUGGGAGGGUUGGAAAGGCGACUUCAAGGAACCGGUGAAAUGCCUAAACUUGAAUAUCCUGUCAUGGACCACAAGCGCCGUCAGCAUCGCUCUCGAUACAAUCAUCCUCGUCAUGCCCAUGCCACUGGUCGUCAAAGUCAAGUCCACGCCCCGGCGCAAGAUCGCCAUCAUCUCCAUGUUCAGCCUUGGCGUCGUCAUCGUCAUCGCGAGUUGUUUGCGUCUCCGGUUCAACAUCCUGUACGGGGACUCGGUCAACAUCACGUGGGAUUACGUCGACCUCAUGAUCUGGACAGGAGUGGAGGUGGCCACGAGCAUCACGGUGACGAGCCUGCCAUCGAUCCGACUGAUGAUGCAUCGCCUGUUCCCUGGGCUCUUUGGCCGCAUCUUCGCUUUUGGAGGCCAUGUCGAGCAAGACCGCGAACACUAUCUCGAGAUCAGGAACACCCAAAGUCGGGACGUUGAGCACCUCGGCGCAAAGGGAAUCAUGCGCCGCUUCCGACGAGCCCAGACGGAGACUGAGCCGCCCCCCACAAUCGGAGGUGGACCGCCGAAAGAUCGGCGGGCGAGCAAAGCACAGCGCGACUCGGAGAGACUCGCGAAGCCGAUGCCAUCCGAGGCAAGCCGUGUUUUGGCCAGCAUCAUGGGCAGUCUGAGCGGCUCGUCGAAUCGGCCUUCCAUCUCCAUCAGCGAGUCCUCGACCGAAUCGAUUACCGUCACUACGGAGAUCACCAUUACAUCUGAAGACAAGCAGUGUCAUUACACCACUCCAGCUGCCUGGGAGAGUGACUCUCGCAGCAAAGCAUCGGACGGAUCAUGA